AUGCAUGAACGAAAGGUGAGCCUUGUUGGUAACCACUUUUGCUCCCUGAAAUUGUGGCAACAUCAAACAGUUGUAGAUCCCAAAUACGCCCCAUUUUUGCUGACUGGGUUGACGGCUUCCAAAGUGAUGCUGUUGCUGCUCAGCCUGUUGCCCUUGGUGCAUGGCGGGAAGUUUAUGGAGAUUCAGGGUGUUUCGGCUGCGCCUGGCACUUCAUUUGGGGAUAGCUUGACAGGCAACGCAGCAUCUUGCCAAGAUGCAUGCGACAAGGAAAUGACUUGCGAUUGUGCGCUGUUCGACCCACUUCAUGGCAGCUGCAAAAUGCAGGCGGAUUGUUUAUAUUUCCAUCCUGAUUAUGAGGGUGGAGGCACCCUUGAGCUGUACAUCAAGCUGCCCCCGCAUUUGUGGCCCUUCUCCGUCUUCCCUGGGACCAAUACCAACAGAGACGGCCAAGACGUGACGGCAGACAAAAAAGGGAUGACUGAGCAAGACUGUGUGGACCUUUGUUAUCAGAGCAGCGAUUGUCAAUGUGCAGUUCUCCUGACCAAAGAUCGAAGGAGCUCUGCGGAUCCUGCGGAUGAUCACUGCUGGCUCCAAAGCAAGUGCCAUCCCGAAGGUUUCAAACAGAUGAAAGGUGCCCAGGACUACAUCACUUUUGUGAAGGACGCGAAUUUUGCGGCCUAUCAGACAGGAUCAGGAAGCCUCGUGAUGUUGAUCGUCUGCCUGGUGGUGGUCCUGCUGAUGUGCGUUGUCGUGACUGCUUUGGUGCUCUAUUACAUGAGAAAUAAGGGUCGGGCUUAUCGAGCCAUCUUGCAGGAUCUUGCAGUGCCAAAGGAAGAGAACUCCCGGAAGGAAUACGCCAAGGAACAGUUGCUGAGUAGCUUCUCUCGCAAGAGCGGCGUCGGAUAUUUGUCGUCCUUGGAACUGGCUUUGGAGGCGAAGGUCAGCAACUCCGACAUCCCCUGUGUCUACAGCCUUCACAAGGUUCCAGAAACUUUCAAGGUACCGCAGAUUGAUACUUCGGUGACCAGUCUUAAGGUGCAGCUGUGCUUCGUUCUGGACUACACGGGCAGUAUGAAGACACAAAUUGCUCAGGCCAAAGACAGUGUGUCCAAAAUCAUUGAGGCGAUGCAGAAAAUGAAAAUCGCUUCAUUGCCCAAUGCCGCCGUUGAUGUUGAAAUGGCAGCAGUGGCGUACUUCGACUGGGAUGCCGAAACACGAAAACUGGGAAGGCCAGUGGUAUCUGUCUUUGGUGGUCGUGAGGUGAAGGAGGAACACAGUGACACCUUGACGGCUGAGAAGUUCUGCCAGCUGGGGGGUACUUGGACCAAAGACACUUCAGCCUUGCAGAAGUGGAUCAACCAAGGCCUGGGCCAUGGCGGCAAGGUGCCAGAGGAGCUCACCGGGGCCCUGCUGGCAGCAGCCAACUUGGAAUGGAACGCGGAUGAGAAGUUGAUGGUGGUGAUCACUGAUGCCCCCUGCCAUGGCAAGGACUACAGCACGGUGGAGCACGACAGUUUCUGCGACAAGAGCACCGGCCUCACGUGUACGGGGCGUCCGGAAGAACCCUUGCAGAGUUUGAUGGCGCAGGGGGUCACCACGGUGAUUUUGCACACCGGCGAGGCGGCAGCGGUCAGCAUGUGCCAGAAGCUCCAGCAGACGGACCCCAAGCUGAUCCAUGAGAAGGUGAGUCCUUCAGAGACUGCGAAGAAGGUGGUUUCGGUGCUGGAAAGCAAGGUGCAAGUGCAACCUUUGACCUACAUCUUGAAACCUUUACGUUUGCCAGAUGAGGCGCCCACCUCCCCCUUGAUCUGCGAGACAGUGGUGGCUACAGGGCCAGAUUUGGCCACCAACACCUCCAUUGAGGUUGAGGUUAGUGGAAAGAAGGAGUCGAUGAUGGUGGGAUCCGAUGGCUUGCUCUUUUUGGGCACCGCCACUUCCAACCCCAAGGUGACCCUAAACCGACCUGCCAUGUCUGGAUUCGAUGAGUGGUUUGACUCCAGUAGUGACCAAGUGGAGUUGGGCAGAGCUUUCGAUGCCCAGAAAAGCUACUUGUUGAAGGGCAACGCCAAUGGCCCAUCUGAGACUGCAAAUGCUUCGAAGGUUAUAGAAAGGGCUGCUGGUGACUUGCCUUGGUUUGUCCAGGACACAUUUUCAGACACCUUGCUUUCAUUGCCCUUGGAUUUGCUGUUUAACACAGUGUUGCAUUCUUUCUUGGCUCAGAAAGCUCCCAUGAUGCCAUACCAGAGUGAGAUGUGCCUUGUCAGAAUGCUUGCUGCACUUGCCAAGUAUUGGAACUUGCUGUUGGGGGAGCUCACUCAACCACACAACCAGUGUGCUUGGCGGAUCUUGGCGGCAGGUAUCACCUUCCAUCCUAUGAGGGAGGCAAUGGCUGGUGGGAGCAACAAUCCUGGAGUCCACACCUUAGUGCAGGAGACAGCUGAGUCCAUUAUCGCAUCCGAGGUGGGCCACUCCGGCGGAGUCGUGGCCUUCCGAACAAAGCUGGACGACACGACAGCAGUGGUGCGCCAGUGGAGCGACUUGGGAGAGCCCCUCUUCCAGGCGGGCACAGAGGCCCCUGAGUGGCCUGAGCCGAUGAUGAUGCAAUCUGCGGUCCCAGUGGCACAGCAGGCCGCAAGAGGGCCCGGAGCGUGUCAGCCCCAGGGCACCGCAUGCGCCACGGCGUGCGGAGCGCCCGGGGCGUGUGCCACUGGAAAUGCCUGUCAGGGGGCGUGUCCGGCCCCCUACUUGAGCGUCGAACCGAAAGCAGGCGACGAGGGGACGGAGCUUCGCCUUGCCGAGCUGAAGCGCCUCAUCGACCGCGACGCGCAGGCUCUGCGAAGCACCAGAGAGGUGCAGGAGCCCAUGGAGCCCCAAAGUGGCGCGGUCAGCCGUGAGGGCCAUGAGGCUGGUCCAACUUUGCAGCGAGACGCAGCGAAAAGCAACGUGGCCCCUCCCAACUCUUCGGCAAAGCCGGGGGACGUGAAGAACCACCGGGUUUUGGUGGACUUCACACCAGAAAGUCGAGACUAUGGCGAGAUGCCGCUGAAAGCCGGCGAAGAGGUCACGGUCCGCUAUCCUAUCGAAGAGGAUUGGAUCUUCGGCUGGAAAGGCUGGCCAGUGCGUGACCAGGGCUGGCUGCCAGCGCAAAAUCUUGGUCUCGGUGUGCACUUGGACAGCGAAGACGAAGUUGUCCAUGAGCCUGGUGCUGAGAUCAAACCCAAGGAGGAAGUGGAGGCUUGGCAUCACCACGGAAACUGGUGGAGCCGGCAGCGGCAUUUGAAGGUGGAUCAGGCUUCAGCCAAAAAGGACAUUGGGGACGUACGGCGACGCCCGCAGACAGAUCCAGCGGAGCUUCAACAGUCACGCAUUGUCUCCAACGCUUUAGCGGCAGCCACCAACAAGCAGGCCUCCAAUGCACCCAAGGGCAAUGGCAAAGGCAAGGCUGGUGGACGCGGUCCUGGCUCAAAGAGGCCUCACUAUGGUGAUCUGCUGCCUGGGAAGGGGUAG